AUGGCGGACUUCUCUCAGUACACGGGCCCCAGUGCAGACUGGAUCGCCCUGGAGUCCACGCUGCCUCCGAUGCCUAACCUGCCAAUCCUGGAAUUAAGGGCUCUAGUCAAUAAGGGGCGAGAGGAACUUGCCGCUCAUGGCAUGAGAAGCAUAGCCUCCCAGAUCCAAACCCAGGACUAUACAGUCACGUCUCGCGACGGUGCAUCCCUAGAAGUACGAACAUAUCGCCCAUCUAAAAUUCCAGCCUCUCAGAAACUCCCCGUGUACAUUCAUCUCCACGGUGGAGGUUAUCUCUUUGGAACCCUCUCUUCAGAAGACGCGAUCUGCUCCCGAAUUGUUGUCUCCCGGGUGCAAAAUGACACCCCAGUCGUUGUCGUCAAUGUGAACUACCGCCAUACCCCUGAAUACGAAUUCCCCACAGCCUGGGACGACGUCGAAGAUGCCUUCGUCUGGGUUCAUGAACAUAUUUCCGAAAUCGGCGGUCUUGCCGACCAGGUCGUGGUCGGUGGCAUUUCCGCCGGAGCUCAAUUAACCGCAUCUUUGACUCUUGCACAAUUGUACGGAGACAACGAGCGUCUGAAGGCGUGUCCGAAGAUUCGGGGACAGGUGCUCAUGAUUCCCUGCCUUGUAAAUGCAGAGUAUUAUGCACCUCGCAAAGAAAUGCUGCUCAAUCCAGAGCUGUCCAGCUAUGUGACAUGUGCCGAGGCGCCGAUUUUGCCUGUUUCAAGGAUUGAGCUCUUCAUGAGCUUGCUAAAGGUGAAGACCUUCCCAGAUGCCGGUCGCAAUCUGCGGAUGAAUCCUGGCAAUGCCACUCCAGAGGAAGUGAAGAAUCUACCCCCUACAACGUUUGGUAUCGCCGGUAAUGAUCCGCUUCGUGACGAGGGUCUCCUUUUCGGGAAGUUGUUGAGUGAGAAUGGGGUUCCCACUGAUGUUAAUGUUUUCCCUGGUGUACCUCAUGGAUUUAGACGGCACGGUGACAAGCUCGCCUCCAGUAAGAAGUGGGACGAGGUCAUGAGCGGUGGUAUUACUUGGGCUCUGAGCAAUCCCGCAGUUGCUCCUUUUGAGAUCAAGGCAGAAUAA